AUGGUCUUGUUUAUUCGCAGUGCUCAAGAUGCAGAGUUAUACAGCCAGCAAGAGGAAACAAUGCAUUGGUAUCCAAGGGUGAAAUUCCAGUAUGUGAAUGAAAACCCAAGGGAGCUAACCCUUCUCACAUCACAAGCGAGAGUCUUCAACAGAUGGAUCCAGAAUGCUAACACCAUGCUAAUGGACAUUUCAGAGGCCAUCCCAUACAUCAGAUUCCUUGGAUAUGGAGCUCAGGAAUGUGCUGAUGUGUUGGGUCGUGAUGGACUUCAUCUGAGUCGUGUUGGUGGUAGACAUUGUAGUCAGGUGAUUGAGGAGGAUGUGUAUUCCUGGAGUGAAAUAGCCUAUCAGCAGGAUGUACAUUGGAAUGAAGACAUACGCCAACCACAUUCAGCAGAGAUUGAUGCAUCAAGCUUUGACCAGUGCCUGGCAGCUGCUGUUGAACCAGUCAGUGACCAGAAUGUCCAGGCCAGCAAGCAGCCUCUGUACUCGGAAAUAGUCUGUUUGCCAGCAGCUGAAGUUCCAGAUGUUACCUCAGUGCAGCAUAAUGUGAAGUUACCAAGGCGCAAUGUAUUGAAGGUUGAUGAAUGUGCUAGAUCAGCCAGACCAUGUAACCACAGAUCAAACAAACAUCGAAGGGCAAGGCGAAGAAAAUUUACGCAACACAGACAGCUGAAAGUUCAAAGAUCUGAGCAGUAUAAAGAUCACGUUGAAAUUCCGUUGACAUCUGAUGUAACGGUAAAGGUGAAGGCAGACAAUGUACAUAGCAUCUGGAUGUGCCCGAAAGAAGACGCCAUUACCACAAAGAAGCGCCUACCUGUCUGCUCUACAAUGACUGGAGUUAAGAAGAUAAACAAGCAGACAUGGUUUGACUGCCCCCUUUGCCCAGUGAAGUGUUCUAGAGAAGAUUUCCUACUGGACCAUUUCUGUCGACGCCAUGUACCUGGAGGGACCAAAUACAAGAAGAACACUGACAAUUCUUUCUGUCAUCGGAAAUCAACGAAGAGCAGCAGAAGUCAGCCAAACUCGAAGAGCACCAUUUCAACAUCCAGCCUGAACCCUGUAGAAAAAACUUCACCUCCCCAUCAAGAUGAAUUGGAUAUCGCAAAUCACGCCGAUUUCUCCAAAUUAAAAUUACUUUUAUCAAAUGAUGUUGAGCAAAAUCCUGGACCUACCUAUCACUGUGAAUGGAAUAAUUGUGGAUUCAUCGGGCUAACAACAACUAGAAUGGGACAACACCUGCCACAACAUGGACGAGAAGAGGAAUGCAAAUGGGCGCAAUGCAAUGGAUUUCAGCGAACGAGCUACGAAGACCUGGAGUUACACAUUAUACACGACCACUUCUUUGAUUUGCUGUACGGGUCUAUUUAA